ACAUUGCCCAUUGCCGACCUGGAGACGAAUUAGCACCAAUAGAUAAAAUUGUCACCGUGUGCUGCGCCCUUUCGAAUCUUUGUCUAUCUAUUGUUGCAGAACUAAGGGACACUAAUGAGAGUCCUUAAAUGUUUUUACCGCAGUGCAUGCUAUCACAGCCUAAGUGUUUCGUAUCGUACACUAGCGAGAAGAUUGGCCCUGCUGUUGCCGGGAAUUGAGUAACUGCAGCUCAACCACCAUGAGAAUCAUGGGUAGCAGAUAAGCUUGCUGUUCCUCUGGCUGUAAAUGUUGCUGUGGCUUUGCAAAUUGGUUCUUAGAAGGCAAAUAUGUGUUUGUAUUCGUUACAGUAAGCAAGAAUAUGUCAACAACAAAUCGAAGCAUCAUACCAAAAAGAAAACUGGAAACAAAAAAUUUUUUAAAUAUUUUGCAGGGUAAGAGUUGUCAUCACUGCAUUUUUUUAGAACAUUUGGCACUUCUGUAUUGACUACCUUGUGUGAAGGCUGCUUCAUUCCUCUUUGUUUUGUAAUUUUUGUCAUACACUGUGCCACAGCUCCAUAUAUUGUUAGGCUUCUGUAGCCUUGUAUGCCAUGACAUCUGUGUCUUGCUUUUUGCUAGAGGUUGCAGUGGAACAAGUACAACAAAUACCAUUGCUUAAGCAUACCCCUUCGUGUGUAAUAAAUUGGGCAAGUCUAGAUUUCCUUUUGGUUUUAAUGUUGCUGCUUAUAACUGACUUAUGCUAUGACUGAAUAGUAUAGCACACCAGGCAAAGUUGCAAGAACAUUGUCUCAAGGUGCAUGCAUGGAUGCAUGCAUAUUUUUUUUUGUCAGUGGUGAGGCCAAGCUUAGGCCAAGGUGACCAAGUAAAUUAAGCAAACAUAUGCUGUUUGAAGAGAAACUCCUCCCUUUGUCAAACUUCGAGCUGCUGUUUCUCCCCUUUCUUCCCUUUCUCUAGUGCGACAUGUUUUAUUGCUUUGCAGUAAACAUUUCUGUCCUAGUAUGUUUUCUAGUACAUCAUGAACUCUCUUUUCAUCCAGAUUAUAUUAGUGUUGUUCCUUCAAGCACUGUUUAGCAUCAUUCUGCUUUUUUCUGUAGUGUCAUGUUUUCCACAGUGAUAGUUAUGACACACCCGUUAUUCUCCUUCUUUGUCGCACUGCGGGCAAUACCAUUUUUUGGUCUUUGGCACUCGAGAAAGUCGAACACAUGUAAAAUGAAACCACUUGAGCGUAAAUUGCGCAUUGUCGCAUGCAAUCAUCUUUCCUACUUCUGGCCCAUUGCAGAAGCAGUACAUUUCCUGUGAACUGCUCUUGCGGUAGAAAGCAUAUUCUUGCAGAACUCCGUGUCCCGCCUUAUUCGUUCAAUGUGGAGCAGAUGUGGUGCCCAAAUAACGAAAUCACAGUAGUCUACAUCACACACAGCCAUUUGGGCCUGCACUUGAUAAUAGUAUGCAUGGCAGGUUUGUAAUUGCAUGACACCGUUGACUUCAACUAGGCAGAUUUGGCAGAACUGAAGUUAGUGUCACGAAGUACAAACGGACACUUGAAUUCUGCAACUCCUUUGCCGCAACAGAUGCAUGACGCAAGAGCGUCUGGCGUUGCUCCAGCAAAUGGAUGCGUCGUGCUCAGAUGAAGCCCAGACCUGCAACACAUGAAUUGUUCAUGCUUUGAUCUUUCACGAGCUUCAUAGGCCUUGAGAGCAUCUUGCUCGUGAUUGAUCCCCCACAUCACAGCUGAUGUUUUGAGGCUUUUUUUCCCGGGUUACAGAUCUCUUUAAGCAAUGAGACGCUGGGUCUCUCUGUACUUGUUUGACAUACCCUUUUCAUAAAAGAGGCCGUUACUUUUGCGGCUCUGUACAAAAACCACUGCUGAGAGUGGUUCUGCUGUCUUCUGGAUGCUUCUACACGUUUCACGGUGUCGUCACUCAUAAGAUAUGCUGAAACAAAGUUCUCCGACAUCUGUACAAGUGCCUCUUAGGUGCAGGCUGCAUUGUCUUCAGAAUAUAAACAUCUCAAAUCUACUUUGUGCUUUGGCUCUGGGUUUUUGAAGGCCUCACAGUAUCCGGGUAGUACUGAAAAUAUUACAUGCACUGUUCUUGCUUCCUUGAUACCCAUAUACAAUUUGCGCAGCUCUUUUGGUGAAGGAGGUGGAAUUUUAUUUCUUUAUUUGAAAAUACUGCAGGCCAACUUGGCCCAAGCAGGAGGGGCAGAUACAUGAUAAUAAAAACAAUGAUAAAAUGAUACAUACAAUGGUACAAUAUUCAAGUAAUAGAUAACAAUAUGCUAUAAAUACAAAGCAUCAAGGACCGAAAUAAGCUACAAUGAAUACAUAUUAAGUAAUAACGCAUUAUCACGUAGUUAAUCGAACCCAACAUCAGCAGGAAAAAAACCUCACAACUAACAUAAAAUGUGCUCCUCCAGAGACUGAACGAAAUUUGGCGACAUUAUUACUGAUUCUGGAAGUAUAUUCCAGUCCUGUAUAGUUCUCGGAAAAUAACUGUUUUGGAAUGCUUUAGUUCUGGCAAAAAUUGGUUGUAAAAAUGAACUCUAGUGUGUUUUGUUUGACUUGUUGUUACAGGGCAAAGGUAUGGAAGAUCAGUUAACUUCGUGUAACCAGUCAUUAUAUCAUGAAGAAAUUUUAUGCGAUGGAAUUUCUUAGAACGCAAGGAAAAAUUUUUGUUUUUCUUCAUUAUUUCACUUGGGGAAUCAGAUGUUCUAUAUUUAUUAAAGAUAAAUCUGGUGGCCUUAUGCUGAAUCAUUUCGAGCUGAUUAUUAUCUUUUAUCGUGUGUGGGUCCCAAAUUUGUGACGCGUAUUCUAAUUUUGACCGUACAUAUGUGUUUACAGCGAGCAAGCGUACAUGAGGAGGAGCAUUACAAAGCUUUCUGCGUAAGAAGCACAACUUCUUAAAUGCCUUCGAACUUGUCUCAGAUAUAUGCUUGACGAGGUUAAUUUAUUAGUAAAAGUAACUCCAAGAUACUUGUAACUGUCAACGGUUUGAACGGGAGUAUUGCUGGAGCAGUACUCAAAUAAGCUGGGGGUCUUUUUUCUAGUGACUCUUAGCAAAACUGUUUUCUCUACAUUUAACUGCAUAUCCCAAGAAUGACACCAAGAACUUAUAUUUUCAGUGGACUGUUGGAGCAAAUCGUGGUCAUUGGUAGAAGUUACUUGCUUAAAAAUAUACAGUCAUCUGCGAACAACCUUGCCGACACUGAUGAUGAAAUGUCCUCUGUUAAGUCAAUAAUAUAAAUUAAAAAUAGCAAAGGUCCCAAUACACUGCCUUGCGGCACACCAGAGUUAACAGGAAGCACUCGAGAAUGGCAACCCUUAAUAUCAAUAAAUUGUUCUCGGUUUUUAAGUAAGAUGCAAUCAAAUAAUAAGGUAAUCCGGAAGACAAAUUAGUUCAAGUUUGAGCAGAAGUUUGGAAUGUGACACUUUAUCAAAAGUGAAGAAAUAGCAUAUCAACCUGGCCACCUUUAUCAACAACCAUUGAAAUAUCGUGAACCAUUGUUACUAACUGCGUUAUUGUAGACAUACCUUCCCGGAACCCAUGCUGAUAAGGUGAAAAAAUGUUGUUCUCUGUAAGAUACGUUCUAAUUUCCCUUGCAACAAUAUGCUCCAACAAUUUACAACAUGAUGAAGUAAUGGACACAGGCCUGUAAUUUGAUACUAGUAGCUUAUCCCCUUUUUUGUGAAUUGGGACAACUCUCGCUUUCUUCCAGUCACUUGGUACUUCUCCAUAAUUUAAAGAAACUUUAAAUAAUUAAAUUUAAAGAAACUUUAAAUAAUAAAUUUUAAAAAAUAACGAAUGUUCAUUCGUCGCUUUGUUUUCUGGACAUCUGCGCGGCUGCCAUCUAGAAGCUGCUUUUUCCCUCUUGAUGAAGUGAAAUCAACGUCUUUCAGGUGCUUAAGCUGUAACUUUUCCACAUAUGUAGGCAGUCAUGCAUUAUCCUUUCUGGUGCAUGUUUUGUCAUUUCUCAUUCUUAUGCCUGUAUCCACAGUGAAGAGGCAGGUUCCAAUGUGAGAGCAUGCCUCACCUACCCUUGCCAUGCAGGUGCAGUGGGCGGUGAGCACACUACCAUCUGCCAUGCACAGGACCCACACCUUCAAGGGACCGUCUCCUAGUCUCUGAGAAUGGUUUACCUGGAAUUAUGUAAGGCAGAGUAUCAAACAGCUUUUCCACGCACGCACCAAAUGCAUUUCAUCCCAGAAAGUGAGCACACACAUUAUCUGGAACAAUGACCACGUUUACAAAAGCUGCUCCGUGGCGUCUGAGAUACAGUAGAGGAGAGCAAGCAAGUUAAUCUCUGAGGUGUACAGAAAGAGGUUGUAAAUGAUUUGUUGUCUUUUGCAUGACAUGUUAACGCAGCAGUAGUGUAAGAAGACAGAGCUUCAAGAAAGCCAUACAAGGUGUGUCAUGACUACAAAAACGAGCACAAGUAAUACCCACAUCCACGCUCGGGCACCGAAAACUGCCUUCGGUUUCAUUGAUUGAUUAGGUGGCUGAUUGGGUUUGGCAUCUCAAAGCAGCAUAAGGUGAUUAUGAGAGGCACUAACGCAGACGGGCAGGCCUCCAGAUUAAUUUCGGACACGUUGGUUUCUUUAACGCGGACGCAAAACUUGACAUUCUGUCAUUUUGCGUUUCCAUCCCCAUCUAAAUGCAGUCAUCGAAACCAGGCUCAUCAGAAUCCAUGUGCUUGCGGCAGCACUACAUUUCACAGCCAUCGAGAAACUGCGGCCAGCAACGCAACAUUGUGUAGCUUUGCAUUUUAGUAUGGUUACAGGUAAAUGUGGAUGUUGGGCUUUCCUCCCCAAGCAGGAGCACUUUUCCUUGCUGGAGCCAUGUUGUUGACAAGCUCUUGGCCCAGCCGCUUGUAAAAUAAUUGUGCGCCUCAAGGGAAUUGAACGCUUUCAUCUCCUGCAGAGUCACGAAGCUCGAGGAGUAGACGAGGUAGUUGAUGAUGUCCCCGUGUGUCACUUCAGGCAGGGCAUUGACAUCCGUCGUCGUGUCAGUGCCAGGUCGCAGCGUGUAUGGGUCAACACCAUCGCACAUUCGCACCUUUUCAUCGUAUCGAGCGCGCGCAGAUCCGAUUAACUGAGCAUAAUAUGCCGUGUGAAGUGGCUUUCCUGCGAGGAGCAGGUGGCAUUGCGCCUAGAAACUGCAAAAACACUUCAAGCCAACGAAUGCGUGAAUGGCACAGCACUAAACGAGGCAACAAAUCAUCUUCCAACAUGGGCGGCCGGCCGCCUGGUGGAGCGACGGCCAUGACGUCAUGUGCAAGCUAUCUAUAGACGAACAGGCAGACAUACUAGGGGAACAUUUCUCUAAGGUUUCGAGUUCCUCACACUAUGCAGACUCGUUCUUGAAGUACAAACAUACAGCAGCAACACUCCUGACGCCACCUUAGCCUCCGCAGACAAGCUUUGUCGAGUACCAUACUCCCUUCCUUGUCAUAUAUCCCAAGUGGAAAGCAUUUCCAGUCCCGGCCGCCGGAUUAUUAGACACGAAAUCAAUUCCAGCCGCAAAUGGAAGCCGUUCUGGCUGAAAAUGGGAACCGUUCCAGCAGGAAAUGGAAGCUGUUCCAGCUAGAAAUGGAAGCCGUUUUGGCUAUAAAUGGAAGCCAAUCCAGCCGGAAACGGAAGCCGUUUCGGCUGGGAAAUGGAAGUUGUUCUAGCUGGAAAUGGGAACCGUUCCAGCAGGAAAUGGAAGCCUUUCCGGCUGGAAAUGGAUGCCAAUCCAGCCAGAAAUGGAUGUCAAUCCGGCCAGAAAUGGAAGCUGUUCCAGUCAGAAAUAGAAGCCAUUCCGGCUAGAUGUAGGGAGCAUUUCAAACGACAAACAUGCUGUUCCCAGUCAUAAAAGCUGCAUUCACACCGGCCAAGCGGGAAAGCGGGCAGCGGCAGAAAGCAAGCGGAUUUUCAACGUGGCGUGGUGGCACGCGCACGGAGUUGUUAAGACUGCCCGCCCGGCCUAGCUGCCCACGUGCCCGCAACGCCGCCCGUGGAGCCUCCCACUUUCACGAACACGUCGAGAACUUGGAGCACAUUCGAUAAACCAGUCGUUCACUCGCUCUCGCUGCUCUCGCUUGCUAACCACUUGUGAAGAAGGAUCAGCUCUGACGAAGAAGACGAAAUAGUCAGCAUUCUAAUCACCGCUUCUGUAGCAGCUUUUCAAGAAGAGCAGCUGAAAAGCUCGAAGGAAGACAGCUCGCUAACGCUGCUGGUGGGUUCGCCCAGCCUUGCAAGAACGAGAGAGAAUGGGUCAUGCCAAUGUGUUGCUACCCCACCUACAUUCGCGCGAUGUGGAAUACUACAGACUAUUUUAGGAUGCCCCCGCGCUCCUUUGACACGUUAUUAGAACUCCUGAAGCCAAGGAUACGGAGAAGUGACACAAACUACCGAAAAGCGAUUCCUCCAGAGCACCGGCUAGUGCUAGCUGUCAGGUUCUUGGCUGCAGGGGAGAUGCUGCACUCAUCUUUCAAUUUUCUACCUGGCCGCUUCACGGCUUGCGUGAUUGUUGCCGAAGUAUGCCAGGCCAUUUGGGACGUCCUCGGGCCAAUUUACGUCACACGGCCGUCAACUCCAGGCGAAUGGAUAAAGGUUGCGAGAGAGUUUGAGGACAAGUGGGACAUGCCACAUUGCCUGGGUGCGAUAGAUGGAAAACACGUGAAUGUUGAGUGUCCGGCAAACUCUGGAAGCAGAGACCGAAACUACAAAAAUGCGUUCAGCAAGUCACUGCUCGCAUUGAGCGACGCCAACUACAGCUUCCUGUAUGUUGAAAUCGGCCACCAUGGAAGCGAAUCAGAUGGUGGAAUCUUCAGCAGGAGAAUCUACAAAUGAAAAUUCUUGACAGUACUCUUGGCCUUCCUGUGUGUGAAAAUCUUGGAAGGAUAGGCAACAUUCCUUAUUUUUUCGUAGACGAUGAAGCUUUCCCUUUGAAGACAUACAUGAUGAGGCCAUAUUAAAAAAAAAGUGAGUCGUUAUAUCGUCAACACAAUGCUUCCACAUUGUAUAGCCAUGACCCGCAUUAGUUUGGGUAACUGUAACGGUUUGCUGCCUUGAAAUAUUCAAAUUUACAGUGCAGAUCCUUAAAUGUUUUCUUUUAGACAUGUAGCUGACCCCCCCCCCCCCCCCCCCCCCCCCCCCGCCCUCAUGUACUUAUGUAGCUGAUAUACAGGGUGUCCCAGUUAUCACGCAGCACGAUUUAAAAAAAGAGGCACGGCGUUACGUGAAGCAAACCUAGUGCGUAUUGUUUCCAGUACAGUAGAGUAGCCGCCAGUAAUUUUUUCGUUACUGAGAUUUAAUUAAUUAAUUGUUAUUAAUUAUAUAGCUCGCGAAGUACUCUUAAUUAUCAAAGUGUCAAUGAGAAAGUUGUAGAGCAACAUGAAAAACUACUGAUACAGCUUUCUGGUGCUCAAUACGUGCUACAUAAGUGUUUUUCCGAGCGUGAAAGAAGCCCGCAAAUGCACGCAAAGUGCCUCGAGCGGCCAGUCGCCCGGUAAUUCUGCGUGUCUGUCAAGAUAUUUAAUCACAGAUGGCAGGGUGCCAUGGCAGGAGAGCCAUGUUAAAGACUGCAGAUGGUAACAACCGUGCAAGUAAGUUCAUGCUUUAUUCGAUGAACCACUAAUGUAACAUGAAAAUUAUUACAGCAUGAAAUAGAGAAAUGAAAACAAUGCAUGGAUAAACUACAUACUAAUGAGUUUCAUUUCUUUUUCCUCUUGAUUCUUUGAUUUUGGUGUGCACUGAUUCCUGCACAGCAUGCAUUGUGUCAAGUUGCUCGUCAAGUGAUAAAGUGCUAAUCAUGCCAACUAUAAUAAAUGCGAAAUGAUACAGCAUGUCUUUUUGCUGCUCUCUGUGUUCGCGUGAUGCUUUCAGAUGGCUGAGGCAUUCAAAUGCCAUGACCAUGCUGGCAGCACUGUCCUCAGAUGGCCUGAAAGUGGAUACAUGAUACAUAGUUGUUAAAUGCAAAGCAUUUCUUGGUGAACAUUUGUCACUUUGAGAGUAUCUAUCCAUUUAUCUAUCUAGCUGCCUACGUCUUUGUGCUCUAAUGGUCGUUUCGUUAACUUGGUAUGUUAAAAUUGGCAUAGUAUGAGAAGAGUGUAUGACGAACAUAAAUGAUAGGUCAUGACAUGCAUGUCAUGUAGGUCAUGAAACAACCGCCUAAAAUGACAAUGACCCAUUGAAAAAAGAUUAACGCUCAAAAACACUGAAAUGGGUUCGGACGUGGGUACUAAGUGAAGGAAACACUAAAUGAUUGUGGUAGUCUACGUCAGUCAUGACCAUAACUCAGCAAAAAUGAGAAUGACUUACCGAAAAAAGAUUAACACUCAAAAACCAAUGGAAUGGGUUCGGAUGUGGUACUAAGUGAAGGAAAAGGCUAAAGGUUGAUGGUUGAAGUCGUAGCAUGAGCAUGGCUAAGGCUUUGGCCUUUAGGUCUCUUAGACGUAGCUGAAGGGACUCCCGAGGACUCCUGACAUUAAUGUCAUAACAUGCGUGUCAUGAAGCUCAUGAAACAGACGCCUACGUCUUGAUGCUGUUAUGGUCGUUUGGUUAACUUGGCAGGCUACUCGCACACUGCUUCGCAUAACAUCGAUUCACACAGAGCGUGGGAUGUGGCGGCUUUCUUUCUUUAUUCGCCAUGACUUGCGUGGUCUUGGCACACAGCUGAAAUUGAAUGUUUGAAAGUGAUAUGCGUACUGUACCUCUCACUAUUUGCACACUGCAUAGGCAGCAACUUCCUUGCCUUGCAUUUUGCUCCUCCACAUUUCUACUUUGUACAUCUUCCUCUGCGGGCCUGUGUGAAUAAAUGUCAUAGUUCGUGCAUUAUGCAUCUAACAGACAUCUGUAAAUGUGAUUCUUUUUGUUUCAUUAUUGCAGGCUGAAGUAAGUUGUGAUAUCUCUCCGUUUCGAAGGUGUCACUUGCAGGCGGAUGAUCACUUUUCACAGGAUGGACACUUCUGUCGUUCGAGCCGCUGCCACCUUGUUCCAGACACUCUUGCCCGAGCGUUUCAUCGGAUAAGAGCUGAAGUUCUUCAUCUUGGCUAAUGUUGCCUCCGUCUGCUGGCACUUCCAUUCUACAUCAAGUGCAAACAAACCCAUUUUCCAUGCGUACGUUCAAUAAAUGUUCUAAAUUCUC